CUGUUGAUGUUGUGUUGUUUUCAUAGGUUGCUAAUUAUUGUCGGGAACAUCUUCAUUCAAUGUUGAUUGAGGAGAUUGAAGCUCAACAAUCGAGAUUGGCCGAAAUAAAUGAGAGAAAUGAUUGGCAGAGAAAUGUUUAUGUCUAUUCUUUGUAGUCGGAGAAACAUUUUCAGAAACUGUUAUCCUAUGUCAUGUUAAGGCUACAUGACAACCUUUGUCUGUGUUUGCAUUCCCGAAUUUCUCUCGCUUUAUGAAACCGAAAGAUUGGUUCAAGAACUCACAAAGUUUGAGAUUGACACACACAACAUCAUCAUUAAUCAAGUAAUCUUCGAUGAUGAAGACGUUGAAUCCAAGUUACUUAAAUCAAGAAUGAAAAUUCAACAGAAGUAUUUGGACCAGUUUUACAUGUUUUAUGAUGACUUCAAUAUUACCAAGCUGCCACUUCUUCCAGAAGAGUAGUGAUCAAGUUAAAAGAUUUCUGAAGAAGAAUUGGAGAAUAUCAGAAGAGGGAAGCGCUAGAUUUCGGAACUGAGACGGUAUCAUUUUAAAGCAAAGGUCUUUGUUUUUGUUAUCUUGUGUAAAUAUCGAUAUCGUAGCGGUGAAGCUGAAUUUUACGCUGAGAUGUGAGAAUGAAAGUGUGUUGUCUUGAUCACUUGGGUAUAGUUAACAUGAAGUUGUUGUGUUGUUUUUGUAUGUUGUAGAAUGAAAGGGUGGCAAAUAUUUAAUAUCUGGUAUAUACAUAACAGUGGUAAAUUACUCACCUAUAGUAUAGCCUUCAAAGGCACAUUUAUCAAAUUCUUAAAGACUUUACGAAAGUUAAUGAUUGGGCAUUGUUAAAUGGUGAAACUGUGAUAUACUUCUAUGUUCCAAACUUCUAAGUUUUUCU